GAAACCUGGCUAGAGGGGUGUAUAUAUCUGUGAAUAGCCUCAUGCACAGAGACAAUCCACCAUACAAUACGCCGAAGGCGGUCAUUCACGCAUAUCGCUCGGGACCACUUACUUCUUGCCAGUAUUAGCUUUUUGUCAUAAGGAACGGAUAUUAACCAAACUUUCAAUAAAAAAAUUGCCCGACUAUUGUUCUACUAGGUAGAACCAUCCAGUAUACCAUUCAACCUUAUUCCAUUCACUGCCUUAUAUAUAACUCCUUCCUCUAUUCAAAAUGUGUCAAAGACUGAGGUCGGUAGUAACUUGGUUGUCGAACCUUCAUAUCUCAUCACACUCUUGUUUUGACCCUAACAACUGCUAUCUGGAGUAUUCUCCCACUGGGGUUUUCGUCGCGACGAAAGAUAUAAAUUUCUAUGACGGAUACAUAGAGGGUAGGGGCCGCCUGGGCUACUGGUUGGCAUCUUGGUUUAAGCGUGUGUCCACCUAUCCGAGAUCCCCUCUCGGGCCGCGGCGGGAAUUGCCCUUUUUACCAGUACUCCUAGCCGUCGCUGGGUACUGGGAGUUACACCUUGCAUUCGACGACAUUAGCGCAUUUCGCGUGUACGGCCCAAUACAUGUCGGAGAGACUUGGACUUUGGACGGUGCGUAUAAAUUGCUUGCCGUCUUACGCAUUUUAUGCAAAGACUGGAUAGCAGGCGAAUUCCGAACUUGGGUGGAGACCCUUAUAAACAACCACCCCGAGCCUGAUGAAGAGGUCACCACAGUUUCCGACGAUUGACUUGCUACCCGCGACGAUUCAUUCCUGUAACUAUCUAGUUACUAUCUUUCAACUGGAGCUAAUGGGACUUGGUGAUAAAUAUAUCGAACAUAAUUAGAGCGAUGAUCGAGAACAACUCGCCUGAAGGCAUAUUUUUGUUCGGCGAUCACGCAGCGUGAUACUUGGUUCCGGAGUAACUAUGCCGCCAACAAACGCGGUGUUACGUGAGAAGCUAUCGAUUACCCGUUAUGAAACUCCGAUGCCGGUUAAGGUGUUUUUCUAUUGGGUUGGGGUUCAAAAAGAGGCGUUUCAA